AUGUCUUGGUUCCGAGGUAACACCUCAAGGUCGGACAAACCGUCAGCCAUACUCCGCCCCGUCGCUCCUCAGGAAGCAUACCAAGCUGCAGCGCAUCUACUAGGGCAGUAUUAUGCGGCUUGCGUGACAUGUCGGUACACAACGCCAACACGCCUAACUGCCGAAAAAGCGUCUUCAUCCCUGGAAGAUGUGUUUGAGCAAGCUCUUGCACUUACCAUCCUAGAACAUUCGAUGCUGCAAGUUGGCCUAAUUAACGAAGACUCAAAGAAGCCGUCAUUUGUGAGACUCGAUUUUCUCGACUUUCGAAAUCAUGUUACUUGGCGGACAGUCGAUGGCGCCUCAACUACUCAAGAUGAUCUAUUGAGCGUCUUGCAUGAGCAACACGACAAGCCUUUCGAAAAACUCGACCAGCAGCCUCUGUGGAGAGUCGUCUUGCUUAGAGAUUCUGCCAAUAGAUCCAUCAAUGUUUUGUUCGUCUGGAACCACACCAUGGCUGACGGGAUGAGUGGCAAGAUAUUCCACCAGACGUUGCAAGAAAAACUAAAUCUCCUCUUUUCCUCUGAACUACCAGUCAUUCCAUUGGAGGACCAUAAGCUGAAGCUCCCAGAGGCGAGCAAGGUGAGCCCGACAUUGGCUGACCUGGUAAACAUCCAGCUCUCGGCAAAAUUCAUGACGUCCGAGUUAUGGAAGGAUGUCCGACCAUCGUUUCUAAACACGGAAGCACAAUACAAACCUAAAUGGGCGCCAAUAAAAAGGCAACCAAACAAGACGCGUCUUCAACUGGUCAGCUCCGACGCAGACGGUUUGCGUGCAAUAUUGCUAAAAUGCAAGCAAAAUGGAACCACGCUCACCGUGUUGCUGAAUGUGCUGGCUCUGGCAUCCUUUUCCAUGCGGCUGCAGCCAGAACAAGCGCCCGCAUUUGAAUCAGGAACGGUCAUUGAUAUGCGCCGCUUCAUGACCUCUUUGCCGCCCAAUCAUCAGGGCCUCGAGCCGCACCGGACCAUGGGAAACUAUCUCGGCUAUCACCAGCACAAGUUCACGAUAGAGCUAUUAGCACAGGUACGUGCCGAGUGCGACCGAGCCAAAAGCAGCAGCAGUAAUCCGGAAGCGGCCAAUAAACUAGAGCAAAGCUUGUGGCGGAUUGCCCGCGAGCUUACCAAAGGAAUCAACGCCAAGAUGGAGUCGGGGAUGAAGGACGACAUGAUGGCCCUGCUAAAGUUCGUGCCCGACUGGAGGAAGUACUUUGAUGAAGCCAUUACAAAGCCGCGGCAUAUUUCCUUUGAACUCAGUAAUCUUGGCGUCUUGGACGGCGCCCCGACAACCACUGACAAACAAUUGGUCGAGCAAGAGUCAUGGACGAUUGACCAAGCUAUUUUCACACAGAGCGCCUCAGUCCAUGGUCCUGCGUACAUCAUCAAUCCCAUGUCUGUCAAGGGCGGCAGUUUGAUCAUUUCUUGUACAUGGCAGGAUGAGAUCAUAGAGGAGAGUGUUGCUGUAGGCGUGACAAACGAUUUGCAAACUUGGUUGGACGACCUUGGAGGGGAUAGGCCGUUGAGUAUCGAAAAAGCAUAG